UCGCAGUCGCCUUCGCCGUUGUCGUCGGCGUCGUUUUCGUGCUUUAUAGCAUUCACUCAGAAGUCGUUUAGAAUCGCUUGUCGUGGUCGGUAUUCGAUAUCGGAUUGUGCUGUCGGUGCCCAUUUGAAGCACACAAAUAGCUAGCGUCAUCGUCGGCGUGGAUAACUUGGACGGGACGCGUACGCGCAAAACGUUUAACGCUAUAGUACAAGUGGUUCGGUCGGAUACGGUUAGCCGGGACGCACCACAAGCAGAAGGAGCGGAGCAUAUUUUGACGUUGACGUAUCUAAAGUCAAAUUCAAUUUACGCGCCGGCCUAUUAUAAACGUAAUUAUAAUGAGGCACAGGCUAUUAAAAUAGAACGAACAAACGUAGCGACCCCCUCAGAGGCUCACAGUGUACUAUUUUAAUUAAGUGUGUUGCAACAACAACAACAACAGCAGCAAGAGCAAAGAGAGCCAUGGCAGUCACGCAUGUGUAAAACAUUUUAAUUAAGUAAAGUGGAUUAAUUUGCGACUCGUUAGACUAAUUAAGGAUUAUCGCCAACAGCAACAGCGACGCAAAAGGUUUUAGUGAAAACUCGCCUAUCAAAAGGAUAUGUGAAACAGCGACGACAACAAAACGUGACCUUUCAAAACAAAGCUAUUAAUAGCUACAAAAAAAAAAAAAAACAAAAACAAAAGACAAAAAAAAUAAAAUAAUCAAGCUGCCCACAAGGAAAAACAUUUAAUUGGAUUUCAGUUUCACCUUGGCUUUUCGGAUACAAUUAACCGUUUGGCGCUGAGCCAUCACGCCCACUUAAAAGCCAAUUAGCUGCGCCCUAAAUGAUGCCCGAAACUGAACGCGAUUCGUUGGUAGCAGCAGAAAUGAUCAGCGGCGCCUUGGCGCAUGGUUAUGGCAUAGUCGUCGACAAACAGCAACAACAUCAGCAACUGCAGCAGCAGCAACAGCAACAGCAACUGCAAUUACAACAAAAGCAGCUGCAUUCAGAUUCAAUUCACACCGGCGGCGGCGCAUCAGCCACAGCUUACAAUAUGGCCAUCAAUUCGUAUGUCUACAGCAGCUCAUUGACCAUACCGCCCUCGGCGGCAUCAAUGGUCAGUCCCAGCAGUAAAGAAAAACUGGUUAACAUGCUGCGCGUGCGCGAUAACAACAACAGCAAUGGCAGCAACAGUGUCAGUCCCAUCUCCGCUGCCAGUUCACCCACAACGUUUCUGCAGAAGCAGCUGGAGGCACCACCCAGUCGUCAAACGGCUCCCCGAGAACAACAACAACAGCAGCAGCAGCAGCAGCGACGCUCCAUAACACCCUUUCCCACCAACUUAGCCACUUCGACACCCAACCAUACAGCUAGCUGGCAUGCUCAUGUAUAUGCGCGUCCGCCCAAUCGACCCACACCCCACUAUAUUGCAGACAUACUGGGCAUGGCCAUGGCCGGUAAAAUUGUGUACGAGGGCGCUGCAGCAGCCGCUGCGGCAGCAGCAGCAUCUACAGUCACCGGCAACAGUUCGGCCACUUCACCAAAGAGCAUUCUGCGCAACAUUGAGCAGCAGUACGCGCAGCAGCCCCAGGAGCAGGAACAGCGAACACAUCGCAGCGCUUCAAUGAGCGAUGUCAGCGAGGAGGAAAGCGCAGUCAACGUCAACUCCACAGCCGCGGCAGCAGCAGCAGCAGCAGCAGCAACAGCAACUAUCACAGGGACAGCCCCGCUCGAUCAGCCAUUGAAUCUGUGUGUGGCCAAAAAGUCGCGCGACAGCGACACCUCGUCACCCAUGCCGGCGGCCAGGCAAAACCAACUGUUGGGAAAGACAAGCAUCAAGAAGGAGCACUCGGGCAAGCCGGCAUCAAAAAAGAAGAAACUGUCGGUCGAUCUGCCUCCAGCCAUUAGUCCCACGGGCAGCAGCGACAGUUUAAUGCGGGAUAAGCUGCUGGCUAAUAACAGUUCGCCGAACAGCACAGCCCAUGCCGCCCAACCGCAGAGCAACAAUAGCAACCUGGAGACUACCGAGGAUGACUCUGACUCAGGCUCGACAGAUGCGCGUCGCAAGAAGAAGGCACGAACUACCUUUACGGGCCGCCAAAUUUUCGAACUGGAAAAGCAGUUCGAGGUUAAGAAGUAUCUUAGCUCCAGCGAACGCACUGAAAUGGCCAAGCUACUGAUGGUGACCGAAACGCAGGUAAAAAUAUGGUUUCAAAACCGACGCACAAAGUGGAAGAAGCAGGAUAAUGUCACAAAUAACGAAGCUGCCGAGCACAAAUCGUCCAAGCCCACAACCGCGGAACAACAAUCCAAAAACAAUAGCAGCAGCAGCAACAACAAUAACAGUGGCGCUGCUGAGGAUGGCGUCCAGCCAACGUCCAUUACGGCCAGCAAUGUGGAUGCUACACCAAAAAAGACGUCCAACGGCCAAGGGGACAAGUUACGCGGCAACAACAACAACGGCAGCAGCAGCAACAACAACGCAUCAACACCAGCCAAAGGCGGCAACGGAAAUAAUGGUGACAGCAAAUUGCAGUCAAAGACCACGAACUCCAAAAUUAAAAAGCAAUUGAAUGCGUUGCUGGAGAAGACCGCGAAACCCGCAAGCAGCCCAGCACCAAAUGGAGUUAGCGCUAAUGCCAGCGAUUCGGCUGCGAUUGCUGGCAACAAUAGCAACAACAACAAAGCAGCUGAAAAGCGCCAUGCCAACAACAACAAUAACAACAUUGGUGAGACAUUUCAUCACCAUCGGCUGCACCAGCAUGCCAUACCGCUAACGGUGGAGCCUGCGGCACCUUUAGAGCAGACUGAAAAGCUGGACAUAAAACUGGAGGAGUCGCCAGCGCUGAGUCUGCAACGCGCAGCUGUUGCAGCUGCAGUUGCGCAGGAAAACGGACGCAGCUCACCGUCAAAAACGUUACUGGCUGAAAUGGACUUUGAGAGCAAGCUAUCUGCCUCAAAGAUAUCCAUUGCAGUGGCCAUGGCCAACACGAAGCAGCAGCCGAGUGAAUCGGCCAAAAUCGAAAGUGAAUCGGAGGAUGAGGAGUCAGCCAGCGAGCCGGGCACCUCCACAGAGGCACAAGAUUCGCAGGAUAACGAUAUGCAAAUGGGUUAGACUUCAAUGCGCGCACA